GUGCAAGAUCGACUACAAAAGCAGUUUGGUACGAUUUGUGUGGAAAUGGAGGCUGCAGGCUUGAUGAAUAACUAUCCUUGCCUGGUGAUCCGUGGAAUUUGCGAUUAUGCGGAUACCCAUACAAAUGAUGCAUGGCAUUCGUAUGCAGCAGCGGCUCCCGCAGCUUUUACCAAAGAGCUACUCUUAUUCUUUUCUCCAGCACGGACUAUACGGGAGAAGCCCAUUCACCAAAUAAUAGGUACGUGGCACCUUCAGACACUAGUCGCUAGC